AUGCUAGUCCAGAUCCCGUUGACCAGGUUGAGGAACACCCUCAACAAACUUGAGUUGACUGCCAUUGAUAAUCUGCUACCAACAGAGCAGAGAAGAAAAAUAGCCAUGUUUUACCGGCAAGAAGAAGCCAAGAGGACGCAGUAUAGCCUGGAACCUGUAUACGUGAUACCUCCAACUGUGGUGGCGCAAAGACGCCCUUCCGCAACCGAAAUGACGUGGGUCGAGUUCCUCAAAUGUUGGGAGAAGACACCAGAUACACUCAAAACUCCACCUAUUAUUCAGCAAGUAACCAGCACGACCCAAGAGGAAAAUGAGAUGACAGAAACCUCAUCACAACACAGUGAAACUGAAUCAGAGGUCAUCAUCGAAAGAAUCCGGGAGAUGAUCACUAAUAAACCGGAAGCUAUUCGAGAAAUACGACAACGUCUAUGGGAGACCAAAAAGUACCUAAAAGAGUUCCAGAAUGUGUCAAAUAUCCGUCUGAAACGUCUCUUGUACAAAGUAAAGACAAAAGCUACUCGCGAGUACAAACGGCAAAACAAACGUUAG